AUGAGCCGGAUACACCCCAACGCGGAGGCCUCGAGGCGGCGCCUCCUGCUGCGAGACGGCCCUGGCGGCGGCGCCGCGGUUUCGGCGGACUCGGCGUCGGCGUCCGCGGCGGCGAAGUGCUACACGGUGUGGAUGCGGUCGAGCAUGGGGUUCCAGGGCACGGACGGCUUCUCCGUCUACGACGCCGGGGGCGCGCUCGCCUUCCGUGUCGACAACUACUCCCGCCGCCGGAAGAUCUUCGCCGGCGAGCUCACGCUCAUGGACGGCCACGGCGCGCCGCUCCUCUCCCUCAGGCCGCAGAUCAUCAGCAUGCACGACCAAUGGAACUGCUACAAAGUGCCAGAAGAAGGCCAGACAAAGCGGGCAAGAUCGCAGCAGCUCUUCUCCAUUAGGAAAUGCUCGGUCCUGCAGGGCAACCGCGAAGCAGAAGUGUACAUGUCCUCAUCCUGCGCCACCACCACCACCACGACCUCACCGGCAUCAGACCCUGCUCCUCCUCCCGGCCCCCAGGCCCCUAGCUUCUGGAUCGAGGGAUGCUUCCGGAGGAGGAGCUGCAAGAUCCGCCGGAGCGUCGACGGCCAGGAGGUGGCGAGGAUCGCGAGGAAGAAGGCCGGGCCCGGCAAGGCGCCCCUGACGCUCGGCGACGACGUGUUCAGCCUCGUGGUGCAGCCCGACGUCGACUGCGCGGUGAUCAUGGCCCUCGUCGUCGUUCUCGACCGGAUCUGCUGGAGGCCCUACACGCCGUUGAUAUGCUCUUCGUAG